AUGCCAGGCCCUAACAAGCCAAGUUGCCGUUCCUCCUUUAUUCUCCUCCUCGUCAUCUUCUUCCUCUCACCGUCUUUCAAUGUGUCACCGAUAACGCCGUGGACGGUAACGGUGACGUCGCCGGUGACAGUGGCGACGGCGGCGAAAGUAAUCGGAGCGGAGAGAGUUACUUACAAGUCCCCGGAUCCGAACGAAGAGGAGAAGUUAGAAGCUGCGUUAGGCAAGAUUAAAGCCCCAGUUCAGGCCUUAACGGUGCCAACCCUCCGAAAGACUAUAACGGAGCAUUCUCUCGUCCUUAUAGUGUUUUUCAAUAAGGAGGAUAAGGCGUUUCCGUUGCUCGUGGAUGACGUGUCUGGAGCUAAAGCGGAGUUGACUAAGCUGGGCGUGACUGUAGCGAUGGUGGAUGGAAUUGCGGCGGGCGAAAGCGUUCGCGAAGAGUUCAAGGCGUAUGGCGACAUGCCGAAUUUCGUGCUCGUCAGGGACGGAGUUUUCAGACCAAUCAGAGGCUACCCCGAGAGUGACGAGCUCGUCACCUUUGUGAAGAAGCGCCUGGGCCUGUCAGUGACUCACCUCUCCGCCUCGGAAGCACACAAGGCACACUCCCUGCUCGCUGCUUCCAACGCCAUCGCCCUCGCCCUCCUUCACUCCCUCAAGGGCCCUCAGGCAGAGGCUUUCGCAGAAGCUUCCCGCGACAUUGACGAUAUCGAGUUUAUCGCGACGACAGACGCUAACAUUGCUGCAGAGUUCAGGAUUGUGAGCAAGGAGCGGCCGACAGUGGCAGUUAUUAAGAAGGAAGAUGAGAAGUUCGUGGCUCAUGACGGUCCCUUCACCAGCAGUGCCAUUGCCGCCUUUGUAACGGCGAACAAGCUGCCUCUGGUUACCACCUAUGACGAGGAGAGCCAGUACACGAUCUUUAACAGUGACAUAAAGAAACAAGUGCUGCUUCUGGCAACGAAUGGGACCUACCCGCAGCACCUGCCAGUGGUGAAGGAGGCUGCCAUGCGGGUGAAAGGACUGGCCCUCUUUGUCUACAUCAACAGCGACCUCCCGGAAUCAGAACACGCUCUGGAGUACUUUGGCUUCAGGCACGGCGAUACUGCGAUCAUGGGCAUGGUAUCCAAUGAGACGGACGAGGUCAAAUUCAAGUUCAACGGGCAGAUCACCACCGAUGACAUCGAGGCCUUUGCUCGUGAGCUUGCUGCCGACCGUCUGGAGCCUUAUUACCUCUCCGAGCCCAUCCCUGAGAAGAACGAUGGUCCAGUGCUGACGGUGGUGGGGAAGAAUUUCAAGGACAUUGUAAUGGACAGGAGCAAGGAUGUGCUACUCAAGAUUGACGUGGAUCACUGUGACGACUGCACCGAUCUUGACCCCACCUUCAAGAAGCUUGCCAUCAAGUUCUCGGGUGCGCCCUCGCUCGUCUUUGCGCGGAUGAACGCGCGCAACAACGAGUACCCGGGCCUGGAGGUGUCGGCCUUCCCCACGCUGCUGCUCUACCCCGCCAAUCGAAAGUCUGACCCGAUCGACACUCACCACACUCGCCUCGGCCCGUUGACCGACUUUGUUGUGCGGAACUCUGCCAUUCCACCCAUCAUCUUUCCUCCCUCCUUCUCUUCUCUCCAUUUCUCUCCACCUCCCCUCCUUGGUUUUUCUCCCCUCUCGCUCACCCUCCUUUCCUCCUCUCACCACUCCCACUUCCCCCUCCUCUUUCUCGUUUCCUUCGCGCACCCUUCUCCCUUUUCCCACCUUUUCCUCCUCCCCCAGCGCCUGGCGACUGUGUGUGUGGCGCACGUCGUAGCAGCAGUGCACCAGCUGACCGUGCGAGUGCUCUUGCCCACCAACCAACGGUUUCCUCGCGGCUUCCUUCCCCCUCUUUCCCUCCUUCUCCCCUUGCUUCCCUCCUCUUUCAUCUCUCAGGGUCCCAUACCCCAGCGCCUGGAGACUGUGUGUGUGGAGCACGCGGUAGCAGCAGUGCACCAGCUCACCGGUCCCAUACCCCAGCGCCUGGAGACGGUGUGUUUGGCGCACGCGGUAGCAGCAGUGCACCAGCUCACCGUGCGAGUGCUCUGGCUCACAGAUGAGCCACCAGCAAGCCAACAACAGCCGCAGCAGCAGCAGCAGCAGAGGCAGAGGGCAGGCAUGCCAUACGUGCCGUUCUCAGCCCUGUUUGAGCCGGCGCUGACGGUGGUGGAGACGAAUCUCUCUGCUGCUGACGCCACCAGGAGGUUUAUCCACGAGCUCUUCACUCCCAAGGCGCACCAAUACGGCCCGUGCUUCCGAGACACGUGGGAGCGCAUUUGGCGAGCAUCAGCACGCAAUAACGCCUUCCCCCGCUCCUCCUCUGCUGACGCUGACUCAGACUCGGACUCUGCUGACUCGGAUUCCGACUCGGCUGACUCGGAUCCAGACUCUGCUGACUUAGACGGAGCCUCGGAUGCAGGGGGGUUGGGGGGGGCCGGCGGCGCACGCGGUAAAGGUACCGAGGAGGCUUAUAGCGAGGAUGAGCCGGUGCCGGUGUCUAUGUGGACGGGUGAGCUGGACAGCCAGGAGGUGGCGGGGCGGCCCUUGGGAUUGCCGCGGAAGCUGACUCUGCAUGGGUGGUUCCGCACUGAUUCCGUGCAGCGCAGUAGUGUGGAGGACUGGCAGGAGGAGCGCGUGGGAUGUCUGGUGUGGGCGCACGUGCAAAGGUGCUACGAGCGGCUGCAGCCCUUCCCUGCUGUGGCUGCGAUGGUGCGAGAGGAGGGGGUGAACAGCACACGAGUGGAGGGCAGCAUUGGCGUUUAUCUUGAUGCCACCCCCCGAGGCACCUGCCCCGGCUGCCCCUCCUCCCUGAAUCCUGCCGACUGUGCCGCCCGCACUCUCGCCCUGACCAUGCUCCACCGCCCGUCGAUCGACUUCACGCUCGGCUCCGCCGCCCAGUCGCACCCGGCGCACAUCGUCUCUUUCUUUGAUGCCGACCGCGCGCCGUACGUGUCGCCGUCUGCCGCGUUCCGGGCGGCAAACUGCGGAGAGAAGCUGGUGCAGGCGAUGGGGGAGAAGGGCGAGGGGGCGGCUGAGAGGCUUGCAGAAUUGGUGCUAACAUGCAAGCAACGAGAGGUGGCGGAUCUCUUCCUCCUCGCGCAAACCACAGGCCUCGUGGUGAUGGAGCCAAGCACGCUCUCAGACUUCAUCGCAGCGAGGGGGAGGCACCGCCUGCCGUCCUUCCGCCUCUUCACGCCGCUGUGCCUGGCUGAGCGCGCCUGGCCCAUGACUGUUCAGCCAUUCGCCUACUUCUUUGCUGUGGAACCAACCCUAGGCAUAGCCUACUGCAGCAUGCCCAAGGUCGCCUGCACGGGAUGGAAGAUGUGGCUGCGAGCCAUGCUCGGCCUGCCCAAACCCCGAGACCCCUUCCUCGCACACAGCCACAAGACCUCAGGCCUGGGAGACCUCUCACAGAAGUAUUCAGAAAAGCAAGCCACGAAGCUCAUGACUCGCCGAACCAUGUUCAAGUUCACGUUCGUUCGGAACCCGUACGUGCGGAUAGCAUCUACGUACCUGAACAAGCUCGUGAUUACCGAUGCUCCGGAGAGGAAGGAGGGGUGGGGGACGCGGAAGUUUUGGAACCAGGAGUUUUUCGGGACCGCAAAGAGGAUUUUGGAUUUGUUGAAGGAUCCGGCGACCGAUCUUGUGAGCUUCCCGGAUUUUAUUCGGCUGCUGGAUCAUCUGAGGCGGACGCGUGUCAAGACAGACCGGCACAUCUCCAGACAGGUGGACAUCUGUGGCUUGGCACACGUCCAGUACGAUUUUGUGGGCCGUUUCGAGCAUUUGGAGGAGGAUGUGAGGCGGGUUACAGCAAGAUUUAAUGACUCGCAUCUUGACAUUUUCAACUUUGGCAAGUCGGUGCAUGCGACAAACUCUGAGGCGCAACUUGCUCGGCUUUAUGACAGGGAUACGGUGCUGACAGUCUCUCGCAUAUUCAAGAGUGACCUCAAUGUUCCCCUCAACAACAUCACGUAUGACAUGCCGGAUAUUCUGCGGAAACUUGUGGAAGGUGGUGCAAGCGGUGCCAAGAGCGCUGAGCUCGCCGCCAAGGUGAACAAUGUGGAGGCCCGCGUGACGAUGAGGAAGACCGCCAAGGCGGCUUCCAGCAGCGCCUUCUACGGCCCCGACCGCAACCUGUUCCUGGGCCCCUUCUCCUCCCCCCCGUCGUACCUGACCGGCGAGUACCCCGGCGACUACGGCUGGGACACUGCUGGUCUGUCCGCCGACCCCGAGACGUUCGCCAAGAACCGCGAGCUGGAGGUGAUCCACGCUCGCUGGGCUCUGCUCGGCGCGCUCGGCUGCCUCACCCCCGAGCUCCUCGCGGGCAACGGCGUGAACUUCGGCGAGGCCGUGUGGUUCAAGGCCGGCGCGCAGAUCUUCUCGGAGGGCGGCCUGGACUACCUCGGCAACCCUAGCCUGAUCCACGCGCAGUCCAUCCUGGCCAUCUGGGCAACCCAGGUGAUUCUGAUGGGCGCCGUUGAGAGCUACCGCGUGGGUGGCCUCGAGGGCUUCCAAGAGGUGGAGGACCCCCUGUACCCCGGCGGUGCCUUCGACCCCCUGGGUCUGGCGGACGACCCCGACGCCCUCGCUGAGCUGAAGGUUAAGGAGCUGAAGAAUGGCCGCCUCGCCAUGGUGUCGAUGUUCGGCUUCUUCGUGCAGGCCAUCGUGACCGGCAAGGGCCCCCUGGAGAACCUGAACGACCACCUGGCCGACCCCACCGUGAACAACGCCUGGGCCUACGCCACCAACUUCACCCCCGGCGCUUAG